AUGUUCCAGCCAGAACUUGUAGCUCAGUUUCCAAUUUGCCCGGAGCAAGGAAAAAGAGAGAGAAAGCCGAGUGCCAAAACUGUACCAACGGAGAUGGAGGAUAAUGAGCUGCUCAACGCCGUUUUUCGCUUCAAGUACAAGACCCCAAGCGAUCGCCAGGAAGCGGCAGUGUGUGAAGAGCUCGUGAAGUUGUUCGCUGCCUUUGUAGCGAACGUGGAAGCUGUCGAGAUGCCAGGACACAAAUGCGGUGAUGUGGAGCCUCUUGCAGACAACCGAGUUGUUCCUGCCUCUGCUUUUACUGUACAUGAAGUGGAAGUGCUGCAGCAUACGGCUCAACGUCUGACAGCGUCGAAGGGAAGACAUAAGAGAGGUGACGUGUGGUAUGACCCGUGGCUGCCCAAGUAUGGCUGCGUGCUGCAACGAAGCCAGAAAAAUGCAGUCGAGACUGCGGUCCAAGUAGUUUCUGUUGACGGCUGGGAGCGCACGCUGCAUUUCUUGCCAACUGGAGUGUGUGUACAUAGCGCAGUUCCUUCAACGCACCGUCCACACAUUCCUCAGUGCUGCGCAGUCCUGGAUACAGAGUUGGAGGCGAAAUUUUCGAGUGUAUUUAACUCACAGCUGCGUAAAGCUCAGAGAAGCAAAGGAUCGGAGAGGAGUGCGGCGACAAACGAGUUGGGACAUCAAAAGACGCCGCAGUUCAUCGCGGCUGUAGUGAAGCGCAGUGUUGCAUCGUUAAUGGAGAAUGCGCCGGAUAUUGGCAAUGUCACCUUCGUUGCACAAGGAGGUACAACAGAUGUGGGGCAGCAUACUGGAGGACGAGCACGGGAUACGUGCUGGGCUCUUGUCCAAGAAGUAAUUGCCCGCAAUCUCAGUUGUGAACCAGGUUUGUUUAGGAAGACGAUGGUAGCAAUGAAGCUGAAGCUGCUUCAAGAAGCAGUGGACAAGACCGAGCACGUUUGUUGCGGUGACAGCAUUAACCUGGAGGAAGGGUGUGCGCGUGUGGACGACUUGUUUUACAUGCUCCAGGUUGUUGUUCAGAACACACUCGAGCUUUUGGAAUGCAAGUAUGAUGUGUCGGCGAUCAAGGGUCAGUGUGUUGGGGUGCGCUCCAGAAUUGACGAGUUUGUUAACGUUUUGAACCGCCAGACUGCAUCACGUUACGUUUUACCCAAAGACACGAUAUUGGAGCUGCUUAACAAGCUGACGAGUGAAAUUGAGAUGGUUUCACCAAAGCGAAUCAAGGACUCGGACAAUAGUGAGAGUACUGAAGAGCGUCACGAGCGAGCGUGGAAGAAUCUCGAAGGAUGCUACUAUCUGAAUGGAGUAUCGUGUACCUUGGGUGAAUUACUUCGGUGGGAGAAAUCACAUGGGUGUCCGGCCACCUACAGCAGCAUUCUGAUAUUGCGGACGUUUGAGGCGUUUAUGUUUGAAAAAUCUCUUCGCUUGACUAGUGAUGAUGUGCAUGGACAUUUGUAUAGCUUGGAGAAUAUACAAACACUUGUAACCCGGUACCAGCAGUGUUUGAAGCAAUGGCGUCAACUUCCGCGGAUGACGUCUGUCCUAAAUGUGGAGCAGCGCAGUCGAGAGAUGCUGGUCAUUUGGGUUGCAUUUUGUCUCGUACAUCAUACAUGUAUCGAUGAAGUGCCGUUGUGUGCCGAGUACAACAUCGCGCUAGAUUGGAGAGAUCUUAAGGUGGCGGUUCUUCGUGAUCGAGCAGCUACUUCUGCUCUUCAGCGUGUCGCCACGUACAUUCGCGGCUGGAAUGAUACGAUCAGAGGAACCCCACUGUUUCACUUGACCAACCAGGAACCAACAUUUGAGUUUGGACGAAGGUUUGGAUUGAGCAGCACCAGCAUGAUUAAUGCGUAUAAUCGUGAGGUGGAGAUUUGGGACGCAUAUGUGAGAGGCCAAUGGAGUGUGAUUGAAAAUAAAAAAAGAGAAGCCGCUCAACUUCGAGCAGACAUUAAUCUGCAAAACCAGAAUCUGGUGACAAAGCAGCAGCAACUUGCAAAUGAGGAGGAACGUCUUCGCCAGGAAUAUGCUCGUAAUGUUUCCAACCAUUGGCACUACUACCCCAAAAGUGCUGUCAAAACCCAACUGGAACGCGAUAUUCAGCAAGCUAAUUCUGUCAUCAGAAACAAGGAAGCUGCGCUUAGUAGAUCACUUGCUGUUCCCCGGUACUUGGUACGACCGCUUCCUCAAGCAACGAACGAUGCCAUACAAGUGAUUUUCAUGCUGACCAUGCCGCGCAAUAUCGAAAUUCUGGGUAACUUGUGCUUAACCGCACAGCGAGCUCUUGUCCCAGCUCAGGCAACUUCUGAAAUGACAAGAUUACCAGCCUUGAGUCCUACAACAUGGCUUCAGUUUUACUCUGGCCACGCAUCAUCUCGAGCGCUCCUCCCCGCAACCAGCAAGGUGUUCACAGCAAACCCUGCCCAUUUCUCGUGUCCACGUUCUUUAGGCCCCAAGUCAGUCGACAACUUGUACAGUCUUGCUCAGUACAGCUCUGAAUGCGUCUGGAAUCCGACUUUGUAUGGUACAACUCUGACGUGGACGGACUCAUUUGGCAAUAAGCUCGACCCAUUUGCUGCCACAGAGGCCAGUGUGAUCAACAGCUAUGUGGAGACAAUGCCCAAAGGAUUUCACCAGUUCCAAUGGAUGAAUACGUGGCCUGGUCAAGACGAUACACGGGGAAAUAUGGUCUAUGCAAACUUACACCAGCAGCCCGAAGACUUCGAGAAAAGCGCGUUUAUUGCUCUGGGAUCAUUGCGUGCAUUCCCGAAUCAACAGUACCGAAAGCUACAGUGGGCUCUGCUUGGAGACAUCCUUCCGUGGUCGAACCCUUGCGUGGAAGUUAUUGUACGGCAGUCACUCUAUCAACUCGGAGUUCUCACAGACGAAGUGAGCCCUCAAUUGCUGUGGAGAUUCGACAUGCUUAAGGGAAGCGAGGGUCUGGACACGUUCUGUGCUACGCUUGAGAGAACGGCCGAAAAACUUGCACAGACUCCGCGCAACUUUGAGAAUGUCCCGCUUCUCAGCGAGCUGGCGGGUUAUGCGUCGCAGUACUCGAUCAAUGCACGACGAUUUGUGAAGAUGUUCGCUGGAAUGACACGGCGUUGGGCGAAAGAUGCUCGCUCGGAGUACAAGGACAAAUCCUCGCCCAUUCGAAUUGCUACGAUUCGACGAAAGGAAUGCGUACUUUAUGGUUUUUCAUUGCUGGCCUACAGUCUCGGGCCGUGGGAUGACGAAAUAGCCCAAGAAGUUUGUGAACUGAUCGUGCUAUUUCGCACCUCGUUCCUUUGUUCGAGUAUUAAUCUGAGAUCCAACGAUCAAGCGAUUCGCACCGAAAGUAAGAUUGCUGAGGUGAUGUCUCGUCGGAUUGCGGAGCUGGUUACGUAUGUGAAGAAACGCGGUAUUGAGACGGUGCUUACUGGUUUGGUGAGAUUGGUGAGUGCAACAUCUCCGGAACGAUUAAAGUGGAAGCGGUUUAGUGAGCUAUCAUCGCAUGGUGAGCAAUUUGGGAGCUGCUUUGAAGCGAUUGACACACGGAUGGAUGUUCACUACUCGAUCAACUUGUUCACAGGACUUGUUCUGACGGAUGGCUAUGCGCCUGGAGGGCUUCCAGUCGACAUCCGUCGGCAUGAGAGAUUUCGGAGUUUGUUUGGGCCGAGUAACUUUGAAGUUUUCUCUACUAACGGCGUGCUUCGAACGGAACGAAAGUAUUGUGAUCGCUUGUAUGAUUUCGCACUGGAAGAAGAGGGAGAACUAUUUGUCCAAGAACUCUGCGUAAACGCUUGUGGUGAGAUCACGAGAACACUUCAGCUGUGCACUACCACUUGGGUAAAAGCGUUGCAUUACUUGUUCCCAGCUCAGCUACGGAAACUGUACUCGCACUGGUACUGGGUGGAGCAGAAUUGUGUACUUUUCCGACGAACGGAGGCGAAAGAUCGAGAAGUAUUCUUCGUUGCUACAUUUGACGAUGGAUGCUCUGUCCAAUGCUACAGAAUACCAUUCAGCGACACUAAGCUACCAUAUGAAGAACUCUUGAGCAGUCUUGGCGACUUUGACCGCUUUGUUCAGAGAAACGAAUCGCUUUUGAGCGUUUUCAAGAUACUGACGAAGUUCGAGGCAGCAAAAUUUCUUUACCCGCUGAGAUCUCCUGAAGGUUUCCUGACGAUUGAGCUACCGCGAUGUAAACUUACGUUUAUCUUGAACAGCAACUUGGACUUCGAAUCUGUGGAACACAAAGGGUACACCUUGGCGACUAACCAGCAAUUUGACGACUUUCUGCCAAGGUUCAGUCGGUAUCUGCUACUAAAGCUGCAGGACAAAUCCGAUACAGCUCGGUCGGAACUGCGGUUGCUUCUCCCCGUUGGUUUCGUCGAGGAAUCUUCUGAUGGGAUGGUUGAUAUCAUUAUUCCCAAUACGGCGGAUAGUCGGGUGGAAGUGCAUUGCUACGACGUCCAUCGUCGCUUGAAGACUUUUGAAACUGAGACGAUCGGUGCGAGACUGCAGCUGGCAGCUAUUUGUACCCGAGCGGGGACAAACGUGCCAAGCAAACGCCUACAGAUGACAGGAGCAGAAGCAGCAGUGCAAGUGCUACGAGCGUGUCGGUCGAGUCGGCCAUUUUCUAGUUUUGAAAGGAAGAGUUUACUGACAAUCUACAAGUUGAGUUAUCGUGAACCAGUAGUGAAGAUUCUGGUUGUGGCGCUGCUUAGAGAGGCGAAUCGUCUUGGCUUUCUCUUCGGCCAAACGCAAGUGCUAAAUACUGCCAUGGCUUGUAUCGACGAGGAAACCGAGUAUGCUGAUAUGUGUGUGCAGCGAGUUCAACGUAACCCUUUACGCUCUCAAUUGCGAAGCAACGAAGAGAAAUUUGUGCUUGGACACGUGCAGCACUCGUCUGUUCCAGUACCAGCAGAAGAAAUUGUGUCGUGUGAACAAUCUCCGGUUGCUGAUAAUUACGUGAAGUCUAUCGAGGCGAAGCUAAGAUUGUUUCUUCGUAUUGAUUCUGGUACAACGAAAGAUAUCCCGCAGCUUCCAUUGGAUACCAAUAGUGUCAAUGCCAUGAGCAAAGGGAUGCUGGAGGAGCUUCAGAUCAGCUGGAAAACUUACCAUUCUCAGGCUGAACCGAGGUUGAAGACUGCACCAAGCGAGCUGCUCGGAUCAUUUACGUCUCUACUGAGGGAGGUAUCUUCUCAGCGUGGUGCGAUGGAAAUUCACUUGACGAAUACUUUCUCCAAGGCCACAAGCAGCACACAGGACCAGCUCUUGGCCUUAGCUAAUUAUCUGCCGCUGCUUACAGUGACUGAUGUUGUUCGGUGUGCGUUUGAUGAAGAAACGCUGCGUACUCUGGCCCCGAAACUGAGUGAGAAAUCCAGAGGGCAAUUCAAGAAAGGGAUUCUCCAGUACAUGGAGUUGUGCGUUCUGGAAGACAAACUGGGGAGGCUUCUCUGGAUAGCGAAGCGCAGCGAUGAGUUGUCGGACGCUCAGUUGAUAGAUGAACUCAUGAACGCCCGUCAGUGGCAGUCGACGGAAUACCCGUAUUGGUUGGCGUUCGAAGUGGAAGGAAGACUACAGAUCCGCCACGAGCAGUUUAUCAUUGCACAACAUCUCAUCAAUGGUCCGGGAACUGUUUGCCAGCUUAACAUGGGCCGAGGCAAGACUCGCGUGAUUUUACCGAUGCUGUUCCUGCAUUUCACGCAAAGUCGGUGUCCUCGAGUUGUUCGUGCGCACUUCUUGAGUCCUUUAUUGAGUGAGGCUCGACAAUUCAUGCACCGUUACUUGUCGGCAUCCAGCGCUCGCUUGGGAGUGUUCGAGCAGCCAUUUCACCGCCAGAUUGACUUGGAUGAUCGUAGACUUGAGGUCAUUCGUGAUAAUCUGGAAGAGUUGAAACUUUUCGGUGGCAUUCAGAUGAUGGCUCCUGAGCAUCGCAUGUCACUGGAGCUGAAGCGUUUAGAGUUGGGCAGUGAAGGUCGCAUUGCCGAGACGCUGGGCGAGAUCCUUGAUGGUGAUCAGUUUGUGGACAUUCUGGACGAGUGCGACGCUCUACUUCACCACAAAUAUCACUUGGUGUAUGCAGUGGGCACGCCUAUUGCGCUUUGUAGUGGGGUUGAACGGUGGAAGGCUGCUGAAGCGCUUUUACGAGUUGUGGCGGAUAAAUAUUUUGGCUCUCGAGUCGCUAAGGUGCUUCAGGCUGCGCACGUGUCUUGUGUUUCGCCAGACUACUCAGGACGCCUUGGUGCGUACGAUGGAACUCGGUUAAACACUGUAGUCGAGAGUACGAAGUCCCUACGUUACGAUUUGAAGGAGGCUCUAGUGCUGGAUCUCAUGGACAACGCUCCGUUUGAAUUGAUGUGGCUCAAUACUUUUGGAUCUACUGCUGCUCGAGAACCGCUUGUGAGGGCAAUUACGGAUUCCACUGUGAGUUUAGAAGCAGCUCUUGAUGGCCACAUAUCGAAGCUCACACCUUAUACGACUCAGUUGCUCGCGUUGAGGGGGCUCGUCGCGUUUGGAGUGCUUGAGCACUGUCUGGAGAAGCGCCAUCGAGUCAAUUUCGGACUCCCAAUUCGUGGUUCACGACCGAAGAAAAUUGCCAUUCCGUUCCGUGCAGCGGAUGUUCCUUCAGAGCGAUCAGAGUUUAGCCACCCUGACGUCUGCAUCGUGCUAACGCUACUUGGAUAUUAUCACAGGGGUCUGACAAACGAGGAAGUUCGAAGUACAUUUCAGAUGCUGUUGCGGUUGGAUAUCUCGGAGUAG